ACUACGGGAUCCCAUAAAACAUUGCUUAAAGUUUCUAAAUUGCUAAUUUCUAAUUCUAAGGCUGUAGAUGAAUGUAUUAUUGAUACGUUAUUAGGAGUACUUAAACGAUUCUCUCGUAUGGCAUCGCUUUGUUAUGUUGUGUAGGACUGAAAAUUUAUUUAAUUACUUUAAAAACGCAUAUUCUUUAAACCAUUUGAAAGAGUAUGCGGACCGAAUAAUACAUACCGAUACUGAAAAUAUUGGUAUCUGCGCAGCGGUAUUAGAUUCUGGUGUCAUUCUAAAGAAAGAAACUUACAUUGAUGGCAUUAUGAUGGGCGAGAUAAACUUCGGAGACGCAAGGGUAGAGGAAAUGUAUUGUCUAGAAACAUGUGAAAGGAAAUACCUCCGUUUACACCAAUUGCGAUUAAGAUAUAUUUCAUCAUUGCCAAUCGAUUAUAAACCAAUAAUACUUACAGAACUACUUAACAAACUUGAAGUUUUGAGUUCAAAAAAACCAAGAUAUUUUGAAAAUUCAGUUGAGCAUCGAUUGAAAAUGAGAAUUUCAAAUGCAGUAAUUUCGUUAAUGACACAAUCAAAAGGGGAAAGCACAUGCAGUGAAAUCAUAUUAAGUCUAUUGUUAAAUCAUAACAAUCAACUAAACAUUACCUAUAUAUAUGAACUGCUUGUUGCGAUAUGUAUAUCUAAUGGUGAUAUUAUUUUUGAAAAAUUAAAUGAUGUAACCAAACAUACACCAAGCCAACAGGUGUCUAUCAUUAGCAUCGUUUAUUGUUACAUUGUUCUAAAUCAGACCACGCUUCCUAAAGACUAUCGAAAUGUCGUUAUAAACAAACUUCUUCCACUCACAAUGGGACCCCAUUUUCAGACUCGUUUAUAUGCUCAGCUGGUUAUUUACAAAAUCUUAGAAAACAGUAAAUGUGGUGUUGAAACUUUAAUUUCAAAUCAAUUUUUCAAUUUGCAAGAAGCAAUAGCCUUGGCAAUUGGAUCACAAUUAAAUGAAUUGCUGAAUGAUGUACGGUUAUUGCUGCCACAUAUAUAUAUAGAUGAUGCUAAAAAAUGUUUUGAUAAUUUAAUGUUUAUUACAAUGGCACCAGUCGACGAAUAUGAAUCGAAUUUAGACUUUAAAAAAUACGAAACAUCAAGGCAUAUAUUUUCGAAGAAAAAACGAAUUUUUUCAAAACAGUCGCACACAUCUGAGCAAGCAGUUUUUCCUAGCACCAAUGUUAUUAAUAUUCAACGCAAAAUGAACCCGGAAAGCGUCCUUUGUACUAUGAGUAGCAUUGCUGAGGCAGAAACUCUUGUGCACUCUGACAUGUUCGUGGUGGCAAGUCUUAUAGACAAAAUUCCUAAUAUUGGAGGCAUUGCACGAUCAUGUGAAGUACUUGGGAUACGGAAUUUGGUAUUAAGCUCAGGAAAACUUACUGAAAGAGACGAUUUCAAAAGUGUAAGCAUGACUGCUGAAAAAAAUUUGAAUAUCUAUGAGGUCCCACGACCGAAUUUGGAAGAUUUUUUAAAGGACAAACACGAAGAUGGUUUCAAUAUUAUUGGUGCCGAACAAACUGUUGCCAGUCAGAAUUUAAUUGGGUUUACAUUCCCCCGCAAAUGUGUAUUAGUUUUGGGACACGAGAAAGAAGGAAUACCAAGCAAUAUUUUGGGGUUUUUAGAUUACACUAUUGAAAUACCUCAAUUUGGAUUAUUACGUUCCCUAAAUGUGCACGUAACAGGGGCGCUGUUUAUGUGGGAGUAUUGCAAGCAACACAUAGUUGGGAGCUCAGGAACAACUCUACUAUAAAAUUUUAAUUCCAAUUUUUAUAUAUAUUUAUAUAAAUAUGUACAUAACUGUUGGGAUUUCAGGCAAUAAUAAAAGAUUUGAAGUUUUCAAUGAACUAUUUUUA